AUGUCCGCGCCACCGUCCCGUCCAACCCCGUCGUGCCACUUCAGCUCCCCGCGCCUCCUCUCUCCUCCCACCGCCGCCGGCCCGCCGAAGCCCGCAGCGGGCCCGUGCGGCCCGUCCGCCCGCCGCUGCGAGCCCGUCCGCACCUCGCGCCCGACCCGCGCGCCUCCGCGCCUGACCCCGCCGCUGGUCGCCCCAAUCUCCAUCGCCGCCGCCCUGGAAGGCGCUACCCCGCCGCCCGCGCCUCCCGCGCAGCCGCCUCGCCGUCCCAGCGACGUCCCAGCCGCCCGCUGCUCUCCGUCGCUGUUGACCGCUGCAGUUCGCCGCCUCCGCCGCCAUGCGCCGCCACCGAAGGAGCUCGCCCCACCGCCGACCUUCUCCAGCGCCUCCGGCGAACCCCGAGCCACGCGCCCCGGCCUCCUCCUCGCCGGAUCUGAGGAGCUCUGUAAUGACUAG